ACAGAGACUUUCAGCUCCGGAAUGUGACGUGAGCCUUUCCCAGCGUCUCUGGGCAACGGCGGACAGCAGCCUGUUUCUCGGCCCCUCCCGCCGGAGGCCGUGCAGAUCGCGGCCCGCCAGACCCUCUUCCGGUCGCGCUCAGUCGGCGCCGACCGCCAGCCGCGAGGAGCGCCCGCGCCCACGCACGCAGGCACCGCCCCCCAGCGCCUUCCUUUCGGCGCGUGCGCACCGAGUGCUUGCCGCUCGGCGCAGCGAAGAGGCAGAUAACAUCACCUGAAGCGAGCCGGUGGCGGCGUUGCGUCCGAGAGGGGAAUUUCCUGGAAGCCCGCGCCCUGCAGUUCCGGGGCCUCGGCGUUGUUUCUCGCCUGGGGAGUCAGGGGGACUCGGAGCGUCGCUUUUUGCCAGGGGGCGUGACCUGAGCACGCCUCCCGGGCUGCGGAUGGAGCGGGUUGGGAAUCUUUAAGGCCUGUUACUGAUUCGGCGCCCGGUGUUGGUCCAGGAAGGCUUGUCCGAGGACAGCUCAGGCCAGAUAGUGGACAGGAAGUGGCGACGCAGGGCCAGCAUUCUAGGACACGAUGCGGGUGGCACAUCCCGACCAUGGAGUCCCAGCAUUCCACCUCUGCUCCUACCCCUUCCUUCAAGAGGAAGAAAGAAGAAGACAGGGAGGACUGGCUGGCUGACCUGGAGCAGGAAGAAGCCGUUGUUCAGUUCCCGUACAUGGAGUUCACUCGUAAAGAUAGCAUCACCUGUCCCUGCCAAGCGACAGGCUACAUUCUGACCGAACAAGUAAAUGAGUUGGCAGCUUUCAUCUCCCACAGCGAUCAGAGAUUGCAGCCUCAGAGAGUUAAGCAGUAUGUCCUCCUCCUGCUGUGUCUCCCGGCAUCUGGUUUGGUGGUCUUCUUCCUUUUCCCACUUUCGGUCCUGGUGGGUGAUGAUGGUAUCAAAGUGGUGAAAGUCACAUUUAAUAAGCAGGACUCCCUUUUAAUCCUCACAAUCACAGCCACCCUGAAAAUAAGGAACUCCAACUUCUACCCUGUUGCAGUGACCAGCCUGUCCAGCCAGGUUCAGUACAUGAGCACAGUGGUUGGUGCCUAUGUGGCAGCUAACAUCUCCCUCAUUCCACCCGGAGUGAGCAACUGGUAUGCUGUUCUUUUGGCCCCUUGCCCCAUAGGCCUAAGGGAAGAGCAGGGCUGUGGGAAUGCUUUAGUCUCAUUACCUUCCUUUUCUUUUCCUAAUUUCCACUUGUACAUUGCCAAAAAACUUCAGUUGAAGAUACCUUACGUUGGCUGCAUGACCCAGAGUUCCUUGGAGACAAACCAUUAUGUGGACUGUGAUGGAGCCAAUUCCACAGCUGUUUAAAAGCUACUCUGGGUUCUUCCACAGCAGCACCUGUAUGAAGAGACACAUCUGUUCCCAGGGCCUGAGCUCCAUACCUACCCCAGAGAGUAGACGUAGAGAGAAAUUGGCUCUGUCAGUUCCCAGCAAACAUGCUCCCAUGGCUUGGAAGAAAACUCUGUAGCACUUUUCUCAAUUAUGUUUCUCAGAAGCAGCAUAAUCCCUGCCUAGUGCCUAACCUAUGCCCAGCAAAUAGCAGGCACUCAAAGAAGGUGUGAAUUUAGUACUGACCUUUUUCAGCUGUUCUCAGGGCCUUAUAAACUGAAAUCACACCAUGUUCUAGGUGAUCAGACUGUGACGUGAUGUGGAGGGAGGCCUAUCAACGCAGCUGCACAGAAGAGGCAGCAGGGAGAGGUGUUCGAAUGCAUAACAAGAAGGCACAGACCUCAACGUGACGUUUCUCAUCUGCUCCCAAAUGCGCAGGAAUUUUAAAAAACAAAAACAACCCUUUUCCCUGUAGAAAGUUAAUGGUUGUUUUUACCAAAAGUCUAUGUAGGUGUUGAUUUACCCUUCAUCCAUUGGCUGGAACAUGGAUCUGGAAUUUGGUAGAAAAUAAACCUGAUGUUGACUUA